AUGCGGGCGGAGGUGCCCCCGUCGCCGAGCGGCGGCGCGGGCGGCGACGGCCGCGCGUCGCCGCUGCCGGCGCUGCUGGCGCCGCGGUCGGCGCACCAGGACCGGCGGCUCAUCCGGCGGAUGGCGCUGAUGCAGGGCGCGAUCGAGGUCGACCGAGGUUCCGACGACGGGGAGGCGUCGCUGCUGGCGGGCCUGCCGGCCAGCGACCUGGCGGCCGCGGCGCUCGAGCGCGCGGAGCGCCAGGCGCCAUUCUGCCAGGUCGGCGGCGCCGCGGAGCGCGGGGCGGCGGGUCCGGCGGGGCCGCUGGGCGGCGCGGGCCACCGCCGCAUCACGCGCGACGGGCGCCCGCAGUACGACGACAACCCGGGAGGCAGCGGCGGCGGCGCCGGCGGCAGCUGGCGCGGUGCGGGCGCCGCAGGCCCGGCGUUUGACCUGCGCUCGGUGGCCGAGAGCGUGCGGCAGGUGGGCAGGCACUCCAUGGCAGGAUAG